AUGUCCGCAAUCCCCAACCUUCCCGAGCAAGACCACCACCCCACCUCCCGCGAACACGACCUUGACACCAUCAUCUCAGCCUCCAUCCCCCACCUCGCCACAAAACGCAUAGAUUCACCCACCGAGUCCGGUUUUGCUGCUACCACAGGCUUCUCUCUCCACGAUACAGUGAUUGAAAACCAAAGACCCAUCAAGGUUAUCGUGGUUGGAGCAGGUUACUCGGGCAUCUACCACGGCAUCCGUAUCCCUGAGCGUCUACGCAAUGUAGACCUGACCAUCUACGACAAAAAUGCCGGAGUGGGUGGAACGUGGUAUGAAAACCGGUAUCCGGGUUGUGCUUGCGAUAUCCCAUCACACUCCUACCAAUACUCCUUCAACCCAAACCCAAACUGGAGCAGCAUGUACUCGCCCGCCGCAGAAAUACAAGCCUACCUCGCCGCGACCGUGAAAAAGUACAGCGUCGAUCGCUUCAUAAAGCUCUCCCACGAGAUCAAAUCCUGCACUUGGGACGUCACCACUUCAAAAUGGAAACUCGAAAUCGAGGACUUGGUGCAGGAAAAAACAUUCGAGGAUACUGGUGAUGUGUUGAUCAUGGCAAGAGGAGGAUUGAAUCAUAUCGCUUGGCCGCAGAUUGAGGGGCUCAAAAGUUUCGGGGGCGAGGCUAUGCAUUCGGCGGCUUGGAAGCCAGAGUAUGUUGUCCCCCAAUUUUUUUGGUUCCUGUGUUUUGAGGUGUGUGUGGCUUUUACUGACACGUCCUUUCUCCAAAAAACAGUUNACGACUUUACAAACAAACGCAUCGGAGUCAUUGGAAGCGGCAGCUCGGCCAUCCAGAUAAUACCUUCUCUGCAACGUCUCGCAGGCACAAAUCUGUCCUGCUUCAUCCGCAGCCGCACUUGGAUAUCCCCUCCCUUUGGUCAGGCCAUCCAGGACAAACUAAAAAUGGACGGCUUCAAGUUCAGCGAAGAGCAAAAGAAGAAGUUCCGCGACGAUCCAGAAGGCUUCCACAAGUUCCGCAUGGAAAUCGAGGAGGGAGGCAACGAGAUUCACGCAUUGACAAUCAUGGGCACUGACAUGCAAAAGGGGGCUCAACAACACUUUGAAGAGAACAUGAAGAACAGGUUGCAGAAGAAACCAGAGAUUUAUGAUUGGCUGAAACCUAGCUUUGCGCCUGGGUGCAGACGAUUGACGCCAGGGCCUGGCUUCCUGGAAGCUUUGGUCGAAGACAAUGUCGACUUCAUCCGCACUCCCAUCACAAAGAUCGAACCAAAAGGAAUAGUGACUGAAGAUGGUACCCUCCACGAGAUUGAUGUCUUGGUCUGCGCUACAGGGUUCCACACCGGUGCACCUCCUCCGUUCCCCGUUACUGGCGUCGACGGUAUUGCGUUACCAGAUCAUUGGGAGCAACGAGCCACAUCAUACCUCUCCAUCGCCACCGACAAAUUCCCGAACUUCUAUAUGAUGCUUGGACCAAACUCUGCAAUCGGAUCUGGUUCCUUGACGAUGAUGAUCGAGAGCGUGGGCGACUAUGUCGUGAGAUGCAUCCGCAAACAACAAAAGGAAAACAUCAAAUCCAUGACGGUGAAAGCCAGCCGAGUACGAGACUUCCUGUCUUACUCAGAUGAGUACUUCAAGAACACGGUCUUCAUGGAUGACUGCAAGAGUUGGUACCGUAAAGGCGACACGGUAGUAGGAUUGUGGCCAGGAUCGACAUUGCAUUGUAUAGAGGCUCUGAGAAGUCCACGAUGGGAGGAUUUCGAGUAUGAGUAUGGAGAGGAAAACCAGAUGGCAUGGUUGGGUAAUGGAUGGAGCACCAACCAGCUCGAAGGAAGGGAUCUUGCAUAUUACUUGCUGCCGCAGUUCCAGCAAGUACCGACGUCGCCGUUACCAGAAGAGAAUGCCGAGUUCAAGAUACGCGCGUAUUCGCAGUAG